AUGUCGUCUUCUUUGCUACUCAGCCUCUCUUACAAGCCUUCCCUCCGCAAACUUGCCCUGUCUCUGUAUUGUUCUGCUUCUGAUGUCACGCUUCUACAGAGAUGCCAAACCCUUCGGACGUUCUCCUCCUCCACCACCACCACAAACCCUAACUUGUUGUAUCGUGUCACAUGUGGUGGUCAAAAAGGUGAUGAUGAAUCCCCAGGUGUAAUGACACAGCUCCACAUGUUUGACCAGGUCAAAGAAGAACAUAUAGUCGUCGGUGAUAAGCCAUUUCCCAAAGAGUUGGUUUGUUCUUCGCUGGUGGGAAGUUCCCAUACUAAAAAUCAACAAUUAUUGGUUCUAGAUUAG